CGUUCCCACCCCCUUCUCUAUCCCUGCUCUACCAGUCGCCGCCUUCUCCUCUCCUCUCCUCUCCUCUCCUCUCCUCUCCUCUCCUCUCCUCUCCUCUCCUAUCCUCUCCUCUCCUUUCUUGGUAUUUCCUCAGCGCCUUCAAAAGCCGAGCAGUCAAAAUCAUGGGGAUUAAGAUACCAUCCAUCACAAAGUUGUUCAGGAGGAAGAUGGAUGUUUCAUACAGUUUCCGCAAAGAACAGACCAAUGCACAAACAUGUACACAAACAUCUACAGAGAAUAACGUUCACUCCUCGUCAUCCGACAUCUCACAGGACGGUAGUUCACAACAGAAUUGCUCGCAGGUUUCUUUUGCUCGAAGUGAACGUGAUCGGGCAGGACCCUUGUUUGAUUCAGAGCUUGAAGUCAAGGGGUCCAUGAUGCGGUUCAAGGAAGCGAUGAUAGCCGAUGCAGCUGAAGCCGAGAGGUUGAUUGAUGCGGUGGGAAAACUCCUGGAUCAUACCGUCAAGCUCAAUGAGAGCAAGGGAAGGAAAUCUAGUCUCAAAUCGUUUGAAGGAGGCACAGUUACAAUCUCAAUCUCUCAGUAUAUCAAGAGGAUCCUCAAGUACGGAGGCUGCAGCCCCUGCUGCGUCUUUGUUGCUCUUAUGUUCCUGCAACGUCUCAAGGAUCGACAUGGGGACGGAGUGUGCCUUACCCCUUCCAACUUCCAACGUCUGUUCCUUGUUGCUAUGAUGACAUCAGCCAAGUUUCUUGACGACUUCUAUUACUCGAAUGCUAGCUGGGCUGAGAUUGGGUCUCUGAAGCUCAAGGAGCUUAACAAGCUCGAACUUGAUUUCCUGUUCUUGAUGGAGUUCGACCUGCACAUUCACAGAUUCGAGUAUGACAAGUUUGUUGCUUCGCUCGGUCUUGAAUCUCAAGAGGGAACUGGGAAAUCAGAGGAUGAAGCAUCUGUUGUAUGUAAGGUGCCUAGCUACUGUGAUGUAACUUCAGCUGUGUCGGCCUUCUAGAAUCUUGUACGAUGUAAAUGAAUUAUUCUUUCAUCUUCAA